AUGCAUUUUUGCUCAAAAUUGAACCGUUUCAAUCAUCAGGCACAAGUCGAGGAAGCCGAGCAAGCCGCAAUGAAGGGAAGUAAGAAGGUGAUUGCGAAGUUAGAGCAACGUAUGCGUGCGCUGGAAUCCGAGCUGGAAGGAGACCAACGACGUUAUCAAGAGGCAAGCAAGAACGUGACGAAAGUGGAACGUAUGGUUCGAGAACUUCAAUUCCAAGUUGAAGAAGACAAGAAGAAUUUCGAACGUAUGCAAGACCUGGUUGAUAAACUUCAAGGAAAGAUCAAAACCCAGAAGAAGCAACUGGAUGAGGCGGUGAGUUGCCGUUUGCCGUUUGGUUUAAAUUUUCAGCGAACGAUCGCUUUGUCCACUGAUGCGUGGACUCUGAAGAUAGAUUGCCGUAAUAUUCGAAUAAUGAAUUGA